UAUCGUCAGCUGCUGCACUGGUACCGUGUUAUAGGCACUUACAAAGUUCAAUUCAUAACCCACCAUGGUAGUGCAAUGUUAUCAAUGAUUUUUGUUGACCAUUCAAAUAACACCAGAUUCACGUAGAUAUGGAGAAACAAUUAGCUGCUUAUCGCGCCAAAAAGGCCAAAGAAAGGACUUCGAAUUCGGGAGGAUUAUUUGGUGGAGGUCUGUUCUUUCGCAAUCGCAAAGAGGAUGCAUCAUCACAGCCACAAAAUGUUACAGAAAAAGAUACCUCUCAGUCUCUCAAGUCUCAACAACAGGUUAAUGAAAACAUAAAGGGUGGAGAGAAAAGAGAUGAUGAUACAAGCUUGAAUAAGGAUGAUGGAAAUUCCACAGAUACAAAGACAGAUGUCACUCUCCAGAGCUUCUCAAACCAACCUUACUCAACUUCCACAAUUGACCCGUUUCAACUCGCACUCAAAAUCAUCUUAUGGCUUGCCCUCUUUGGUCUGUCCAUAUGCAUUGGCUUUGGAGCAAUUUACAUCAUUCUCUCCUUCUUCUACAUCAUCUAUGCCAACCUGAGAGGGGAGGGGGAGAAGAAACCAGGAGAAAAGAGCGCUUACUCUGUGUUUAAUCCAAAGUGUGAACGCAUCCAUGGGACACUUACAGCGGAGGAAAUAGAAAGAGGGAUGUUGUAUGGGAUAGGUGGUGCAAUGAGAUAGCAUCAUUUGACUGUUUGCAGAAACAAUAGAAUAUCUGACUUACUGGAAAAUGUGUUUUAUAGAAUUGUCAGCUUACCAUGCAGUGUCAAUUUUACGAGAGUUAUUUUUGCAUCAUGAAGAAACGGAAAUAAUGUUGAUAAAGAACA